GUGUGUGAUAUCGGCGCUAAGCUGAGCAGCAUCGUCUUCAUCAUCACAGUACAAAUGAAGAAGUAUGGCUGCACACUACAAAUAUGUCCCCAUGUUUUAACCACCAGAGUCAUGGUUGAGACAUUUCCACGCGAACAGAGCACUUUUUUACCAUGAGAAUUUACAGCAAGAUCGUGGCGAUCGUGGUAUGCUUUGGAGUUUUCCUACUUUUGUACUUUUUCGGGGGGAACGCUGCGGACGAACCGCCGCUUAAAGAAGUUGCGAAAGAAAAACACUUUCCAUCCUUCAAUCAUGUCGCGGAUUUUGCUCCCGCGAAAGAAUCGAAACUAAACCCAGAAAAUCCGCAAAAACCACCGAGGCUAAUCCGCAAAGAGCCGAAGUUAAGCAGCAGAGGAGGAGGGAAUGUCAUCGCAAAGACUCGGCAGAAGAGUGAAGUAGGGAACCUUGUGUCAAAGGUCACACGAGCAGAGGAUGUCAUGCACCUGGCAGUGGUGGCUUGUGGGAACCGUCUAGAUGAAACGCUCAACAUGGUGAAGUCAGCACUGCUCUUCAGCAUUAAGAAGAUCAAAUUUCACAUCUUUGCAGAGGAGGACCUGGCCGAACAAUUUGAAAAAGGGUUCAGUGUGUGGCCUCAGACGGUGUCCUCCAGGUUUCACUACAGCAUAUAUCCAAUCACCUUCUCUGUGGGGAAUGCAGAUGAAUGGAAGAAACUCUUCAAGCCAUGUGCUGCCCAGAGGCUGUUUCUUCCUGUAAUCCUAAAGGACGUGGACUCGCUGUUGUACGUGGACACAGAUGUUCUGUUUCUCCGCCCUAUGGAUGACAUCUGGAAGUUUCUGAAGGCUUUCAACAGCACUCAGCUAGCUGCCAUGGCCCCAGAGCACGAGAUCCCCAAGAUCGGCUGGUAUAGUCGCUUCGCAAGGCACCCUUUUUAUGGAGUCACAGGGGUCAAUUCAGGGGUCAUGCUAAUGAACCUCACGCGGAUUCGUAGCACUCUGUUCAGGAACAGCAUGAUCGCCAGCGGUCUGUCGUGGGAAAAUCUGCUACACCCUCUCUAUCAGAAAUACAAGAACCACAUCACAUGGGGAGACCAAGACCUCCUCAACAUCAUCUUCCACUACAAUCCAGAGUGUCUGUACGUAUUUCCGUGCCAGUGGAACUACAGGCCAGAUCACUGCAUGUAUGGAAGCAAUUGCAAAGCUGGUGAAGAGGAGGGAGUGUCAAUUCUUCAUGGUAACCGUGGAGUGUACCAUGACGACAAGCAGCCCGCAUUUAGAGUGGUUUACGAUGCCAUACGUGAGUACCCCUUUGAGGAGAACAUGUUCCAGUCUUUGUUUUACCCUCUUCAGACUAAGUUCCUAGACACAGUUAACACCCUUUGUGGAAGAAUACCACAGGUGUUCCUCAAACAGAUCGAGAAGACCAUGAGGGCUGUUUAUGAGAAAAAAGUGGUGCGGCAUGUCCGACUUCCACAUGAGAAAUGAGCCUCAUCUGCAUUUCAACAUCAUAAGGAAGAGUCUCUGCCUGCUUCUUGGAUCAGAGUGGUUUUUAUUGUUGUCAUUGAAGACGAGCAAUGCCAGAAGCAAGCUACAUUUGGUCCAUUAGGCCCAGUAUGAGCUUCAUGAGCCAGCGGAGUUGUCUGGAGAGAGACAGAGACGCAACCAAAUGCAUCGAGUGUGGGUUAUCACAUCUGAAUGUUCCUGAUAGAAUAUGAGAGACUCGUUGGCAAAGCUGUUUUCAGCAAAUCCAAAAAUAUGGAUUCAGAGCUAUUUGUUUACAACUGUGUUGUACCAUUUUUCAGCAUCUAGUUUAUCAUCAUGUCUAGUAUUACAAAAUUGGAGCAUUUGUGCUUAAGUACACUUUAUCUGAUUCUUGUACUUAAGUGGCUGCACCAAUUUGUUUGUGCAUUCUGCCACUUAAUAGCAUGAGAUAACGCCUUGUUUUCAAGCCACAAAAAUGAAUGUAGCAUGCAGAAACAACCAAAGAGAAUUAGCCUGUCAGCCGUUAUAAGAUGUACAUUCAGUUUAGGCACAGCCUUAAUGGUGGAUGUUCACACUGUUUACAUUGAAGAUGACUUGUUAGUGAGAUUAGAAAGGAGUCGGAUGUUGUCAUUUUUUCUUUGGGGUUGCAUUUUUAUAUAUAUUUAAUAUCACAAAGCCCUUUUGUGAGAAUUCUAAUUAAGUCAGGUGUCCUUUAUUUUGAUGUUACAAGCCUAUUCUGAUGGACAUAAUGAAUUUGAUGUUUAAUAUGUGCCAGAAUGUCCUUUUAGGAUAACCUGCUGCCCAAAAGGUCUAAGUGUUAAAAUAUAUUUUUUAGCAAUAUUCUGUCUGGUCAACUACAGAGAACCGAUUCGGUUGUUUUAUCCUGUGCUUUGUUAUUGGGAACUUUUGCCAUAGUGGGAUUAAAUUAAAGUGAUCAUUUAAAAUAAAAUACUGCCAAUUAGAAAGGUUUGUACAUCAUGACAGUAUAAUAUAAAUAAAAACAACAUUGUCACAAAACCGUAAAACAAUACACAGAUGUACAGUUUGCAGAUAAUUGCACUUUUUUUAAAAAAACAAAUACUGAGUUUGGAGAAAGUAAAAUGAAAGAUAAGUUACAAAUGGUAAUAAGAUUAGUUUAACAAAACAAACUCUUUGGACCCAGUAUGAUCAAUGUACCCUUUUUUUUUACAUUCUAAAAUCAUUUUAAGUUUGUGUAAUCGCAAGCUUUUAAAUUGUUUGUAGACUUUUUAUGUGAAAAUACAAACAUAAAGGGGAGAGUGUGUUGUAAGAGUUUUGAUGUGUGUUUUGACGUUCAUUUAGCACAAUGUGCUUAAUUAUAUGUGUGACCAGUUUCCAGCCUCCCGUCACUGGUCUGGGAUCAGUGAGGAGAUUUAUUUAACUGGAAACUCAGGAGACUAUUAUACAUGUUAUCUCUGUGUCAAGAGAUGCACCAGCGAUGUUUAAGUUUGUAUCAGUGUGUUUUUCUGUCUUUCUGAAUGUCUUCUAUUAUGUAUUAUUGUCCUUUUAUACAGAAGUGUGUAUGUCAGAAAUGUAAUAAAUAAAUAUGCAUUUAA